AUGUCGUAUUUUGGGGAGCAUUUCUGGGGCGAGAAGAACCACGGCUUUGAGGUUCUGUACCACAGCAUGAAGCAGGGGCCCAUCUCCACCAAGGAGCUGGCGGAAUUCAUCCGGGAGAGGGCCACGAUCGAGGAGACAUACUCGAAAGCGAUGGCAAAACUUUCCAAGCUGGCCAGCAACGGGACCCCCGUGGGGACCUUCGCCCCGCUCUGGGAAGUAUUCCGCGUCUCCUCGGACAAGCUGGCGCUCUGCCACCUGGAGCUGACCCGGAAGCUGCAGGACCUCAUCAAGGACGUGCUCCGCUACAGCGAGGAGCAGCUCAAGAUGCACAAGAAGCUGAAAGAGGAAGCAGGCGGCACGCUGGACGCCGUGCAGGUCCUCGCAGGCGUCAGCCAGCUCCUGCCCAAGUCCCGGGAGCACUACCUGAGCCGGUGCAUGGACCAGGAGCGGCUUCGGCGGGAGAGCACCAGCCAGAAGGAUAUGGACAAGGCGGAGACCAAGACCAAGAAGGCGGCCGAGAGCCUGCGGCGCUCCGUGGAGAAGUACAACUCGGCCCGCGCGGACUUCGAGCAGAAGAUGCUGGACUCGGCUCUGCACUUCCAAACCCUGGAGGAGACCCACCUGCGGCACAUGAAGGCCCUGCUGGGCGCCUACGCCCACUCGGUGGAGGACACACACGUGCAGAUCGGGCAGGUGCACGAGGAGUUUAAGCAAAACAUCGAGAACAUCAGCGUGGAGAUGCUGCUGAGGAAGUUCGCGGAGAGCAAGGGCACAGGCCGGGAGAAGCCCGGGCCUCUGGACUUCGAGGCGUACAGCGCAGCUGCCCUGCAGGAAGCCAUGAAACGCCUGCGGGGAGCCAAGGCCUUUCGCCUCCCGGGACUGAGCCGGCGGGAGCGGGAGCCGCCUGCAGCCGUGUGA